GGGACGCGGUGGACUUGGAGCAGCUUUUCUACAGUGUCACGGGGCUGGGCGGGUUUUCCGGGGAGGGCUUGGGAGUGGGGUCUGGGCCCCGCGCCUGCGAGUACAUGGAUGAGGACGGGCUUCCGCUCAUGGGAUCAGGCAUAGACCUGACCAAGGUGCCUGCUAUUCAGCAGAAAAGAACGGUGGCGUUUCUAAACCAAUUUGUGGUGCACACUGUACAGUUCCUCAACCGCUUUUCGACAGUUUGUGAGGAGAAACUGGCAGAUCUUUCUCUUCGAAUCCAACAAAUAGAAACAACCCUGAAUAUUUUAGAUGCAAAGUUGGCAUCUAUUCCUGGCCUUGAACUAGUUGUUACUGGGAAUGACACAAGUGGUACAAAAGUUGCACAGUUUGAAGCCACUUCAGAGGAGUCACAGUUUUACACGCAAUACUCUCUACAGCAGAACAGUUUACAAGACUCUGGACCACAGGAAAGUGAAGUAACAACAGAAAAUAUCCUAACUGUAGCCAAGGAUCCAAGAUACGCCAGAUAUCUCAAAAUGGUUCAAGUGGGUGUUCCAGUGAUGGCAAUAAGAAACAAAAUGAUGUUGGAAGGACUAGAUCCAGAUCUUCUUGAGACACCAGAUGCUCCGGUGCCUAAUGAAGAAGGUGAAAAAAGCAUAGAAUACAGUUCAGAGAGUGAAUCUUCCUUUAGUGACUAAGUUUUGCUAAGAAGGACACAUGGAAUAUUUUUUUAGAUAUAUAGAUACAUAUAGACAGACAGACAGAUUCACUAAGAAAGCAAGCCUGAAAACCUGAGUUGGAACUUUCAGAAUCACCAAGUGACCACUUUACUUCCACCAAAAAUUCUCUAUUAGAAAAUAAAAUAUUUAUAACCUCA